AUGCAAGAAACAAGGAGUCAAAUAGAUACUGUAAGACGUAUAGCAAACAAUGCACGUACGGGAUUGGAUACUUUACGACAAGCACAAAAUACACUAAAGGAAGCAAAUGAUAUUCUUGGCUCAGUAUCAGACAUGCAUGAAGAUUGGCUUAAAGGUAUUGACAAAUCUUUAAAAAAUCACAGUCAGUCUAUUGCUGACUACAAGAAAAGUAUAGAUUUUUUACAUAGUGCUAUGGACGUACAUGAUGGAAGCAUAAGGAACUUACUUAAUGCUAACAAUAACUUACCAGGAACUAUUAAAGCAUUUAUAAAGUCCUUUGUAAAACCUGGUGCUCUAACAUUUAGGUCUUUGAGAGCAAGAGCAUUGAAGUCAAGAGAUGCAGAAACUCCAACAGAACCUACAGAAGGAACUGAAACAACAGAAACUCCAAAAGAACCACCAAAACCAACAGCUAAUGAAAUAUUGUUCGAAUAUUUUCCAAGGUACUCUGUUCUCAUUGCAUACAUUCAAGAAAUACUUAAGAAAGCAGACUUGACUUUAGGAGAUGAUGAAAGUUCUGUAUAUCUUUCGUUCCAGUUUCAAAUAGCAGAACUUUUGAGACAGAUAUGUUUAAUGUAUGACAACAUCUCUGAUUUCACAAGAUAUGAUGACGACCAUGACCCCGAACACGGUGAAGAAGAAGUUUUACAAACAUCCAUUAAGACAGGAAAGGUUUUAACUCAAAGUCUCAUUAUUGACACCAAAGAUGGCGAAGUGGACGUUCUUCAAGAGCUGAAGAAAAAUACUUCUUCGGGAGGUGGUGGUAGGCAUGAACUUGAAAUAAAUGAGAUAGAAGAGAAAUUAGCCGAAAAAGCAGAUAAAGAACAUAAACACAAUAUCUCCGAUAUAAAUGAACUUCAAGCUACAUUAAAUAGUAAAGCGGACAAAAAUGAACUUGACGCAACGAACAAAGUUUUGAAAUCUCAUAAACACAAUAUCUCCGAUAUAAAUGAACUUCAAACUUCUUUAGACAAUAAAGCAGACAAAAACCAUGUUCAUUAUAUAAGUUCUGAUGAACAGAUUAUAACGGACUAUCAUGGAUAUUUAACACAGGGUGAAAAAGUGAAUACGAAAAAUGUUAAUGAAAGAAGAUAUAAAUUCAUUCGUGCUAAAGGUUAUGACAUACACUGUACUGUACAGUAUGACACAGGUAUAGCACCACAAUCAUUUGGUUAUAACGCUGAAAUUUAUGCUUCAUACUUCUUUGUUAACGGUGUAUUAGUUGAACCAAGAUUUACUUUGAGAGUUAAGUCAAAAAUAACUUUUGAAGAUGCUAUUAAAAGUAAAGCUGACAAAACAGAACUUGACGCAACGAACAAAGUUUUGAAAUCUCAUAAACACAACAUCUCCGAUAUAAAUGAACUUCAACUUCUUUAG